GAAAGUGCAUUAGUGCUGGAAGAGAGGCUCCAAAAGGGGGUUACCUGCAAAAUAGGAUGUUUUUUGUUCGUGAUUCGGCUUUUUGCGUGUGGCAUGCUGAGAUUGCUGUGCAAGCUAUGUAAUGCUUCCGGCCUGUCAUCUUCCAAGUCAAUCUGAGGAUUUUAGAGAUUCGUAUCCUUUGGAACAACCCUUCACGGUAGUUUCAGCCCGGCCACUGUGAUGUCGUCUUAAGGAUGGCAGCCGUCGACUGAUGGCGGCUAGAAAACCUGGAGUGACGUGACAAGAUUGCUAUAUGUCAAUACAACGCCCAAAUACAGUCGGUCCCGAUGGUCGUGCCUUGGCAUGGGUGCCAAUGUCAUGUCCACCAUAGCAGAACUAAUUGAGCGUUGGGGCUUCACACCCGUCCUACACCCUACCACUUACAAGAACGAGGUGGCAUUGGAGCCCGUGGAUGAUGCCGCUGAGCUGGAGUCCCAUGAAUAUGUUCCCGGGGAUCCGGAGAAGGCCGACGCGAUCAAACUCGGCGAGAAAGAUACGAACAGGAAUUCCGGACUCAAUAGCUUCACGACGUCCCAUUCCCGUUCCUUGACGAAAAUCCAAGAGAUCGCACCGGAUGACUCGUUCCUCAGCGACGGCUAUGGCGCCUCAGACAUGGGUCACGAGAACUGUUGUGAGCGCGUUGUUAUUAACGUGGCGGGCUUAAGGUUCGAGACCCAGGUAAGAACGCUAGCCCAGUUCCCAGACACUCUACUCGGUGAUCCCCAAAGGCGAAUGCGAUAUUUCGACCCACUGAGAAACGAACAUUUCUUUGACCGCCACCGCCCAAGUUUUGAGGCAAUCUUGUACUACUACCAGAGUGGAGGGCGACUACGACGUCCACUUAAUGUCCCUGACGAAAUCUUCCAAGAGGAACUUAAGUUUUAUGAACUAGGCGAUGAAGUUAUUCAGCGAUUCCGUGAGGAUGAGGGGUAUAUCAUCGAAAAGGAAGAAUUGCUGCCGAAGAAUCCAUGUCAGAGGUUAAUUUGGACAAUGUUUGAACAUCCUGAGACGGGCUGGCCAGCUCGGAGUAUCGCUAUCUUGUCUGUGUCCAUUAUCAUUCUCUCCAUUUUCACCUUCUGCCUCGAGACCAUGCCAGCUGUUCAAAAGAAAAUCAAGGAAGCAAGAGGCAACCACAACAUGUCUAGUCCAGACAUGAGCGAUGACAUACCCCAGAUUAACGAUCCAUUCUUUAUUAUAGAGACAAUAUGCAUUGUGUGGUUCACUUUCGAGCUAUUGGUAAGAUUCUUGUCCUCGCCAAGCAAGAUCCAGUUCUCUAAGAACUUCAUGAAUAUAAUUGAUCUCAUAGCAAUAAUUCCUUAUUUCAUUACCCUCGGUACGCUAGUUGCAGAUUCUAGGAGCAAGAACCAGUCUUCCUCCCUCGCCAUCCUUCGAGUCAUUCGGUUAGUUCGCGUCUUCAGAAUCUUUAAGCUUUCCCGACACUCUAAGGGAUUGCAAAUUUUAGGGUUAACACUGAAGGCAAGCAUGAGAGAGCUUGGUCUGUUGGUAUUCUUUGUUUUCAUAGGAGUGAUACUCUUCUCAAGUGCAAUCUAUUUCGGCGAGACAGACCACAAGGAAACUCACUUCACCAGUAUCCCGGACGCCUUUUGGUGGGCCCUGGUCACCAUGACGACUGUAGGGUACGGUGAUAUGUACCCACAGACAGUUGGCGGGAAGUUGGUCGGGUCGCUCUGUGCAAUUGCAGGCGUAUUGACCAUUGCCCUACCUGUACCUGUCAUUGUCAGCAACUUCAACUACUUCUACCAUCGGGAGACCGCCAGUAAAGUUGAAGAGGACGAAUAUCAGCACGUCGACCAGCCCUGUCCGUAUGUGCCAGCCGAGAAGAAGAUGAUCACACCUAGUGACGACAUUGACCUGUCAAUAGGCGAGAAGGGCGAAGAAGGGUCGGACGUUCUACGUAGGCCCAAUCGCAUCGAUUUACAGAAGACUAACCUUGACCCUGACGCCUCCGAAUGCUCAUGCGUUCACGUCAACCGUUACAACAUCAGCACGGAGGUUUGAAACGGGCCAGAAGACAGAGGAAUCGUCCGAAGGGAAAGUCAUAGACAAAUACGCCAAUUCGAAACAUUGAUGAAGGACACCCAGGUGCCCAGAAUGAUAAUGGACACAGACAAAAUGAAUCAUUCGAACAUUCGAAUCAGUGCAUUGGCUAUCUCUCCCCUCAUUGAAUUGCAUUGGGAUGACUGUUGUCUUCAGUCAGACAGGAGGCCUAGAACCCUGGUUUGGACUGGUUCUUGCACCUGGAAUGUGCUUUUAUUUAUCAAAUAUUACCCAUACUGUUUGUCCAUGGUAGACAGAUUCCUCACGUCAAGCUGAAAACAGCUCAUGUGCCCAUACGCAAAAGGUGCCGAAAAGUUGGCGCAAAUAUAGUAGACAAUUUUGGACAUUUUCUAACAAACUUUGAUAAGAUAUAUCUAUUCCUGGUUACUGACGAAUAAGACGAUCUUCGAAGACUUUUACCAUUCCAAUGCGUGCAGACAUCUUGGAUGAGGCUCUCACCCCUGAAGGCUGCGCGCUACUUAUUCCAACUUAUCGGUCGGUAUGAUUGCGAUUGACCCUCCAACAUUCCAAACGGUUCAUACCGGUAUUUUAAGGUGUUGUUAACUCUUGACCGGUGCAGCCAUGUGUCUUUUGUCUGACAAUGCCUCAGUCACCUGAAUACGAAAGCAGAGGAUGACGACAACGAAAUGAUUUUUCCGGGAAGCAAAGUCGCCAUCUUCCUCGGAAAAAGUUCCAAUAACUUUCAAUUUUAAUAAAAUUUCAGGGUCCUCAAUUUGGGGUGAUCGUUAAAAAAACUUUAUAUUUACAAACAGAAUAUAAGGAAUGACAAUACUGUUGACAAAUUGUUGAAUUGCGCCAGCUUUUCUGAACCUGUAAACAUCAGUUGCAUCCAUUACAUCACCACCACUGAAGUGAACCUCCAUACAUAAUGCAUGCAUCUGCAUAAUACAUAAUGCAUCAAAUAUUUAAAGUCCAUUAAUAAUUUCACUACUUCAAAAGACUAAGCUUAAGACCUGAGUUUUGACUACAUGGCUUUCAGAUAUAAACCAACUAAACUGCACAGCCUAGAAUUGCAUCUAAAUAAUGUCUUGUGGGGAAUUGCCGACGAACUUAAUAACGUUUUAAUGUUGCAUGAGAGAGAAACUAAGCUCGGCAUGACUGCUAAUUAGAUUGUCAUAAUAGUUUGUAUGGACCUAAACAAAUGUGCGUAUGGUUGGUAUUUUAGCGCACAAUACUGGCAUUUAUUCAACUUAUCAAGAACGUCAGGCGCAUGCCACACUGCACUGUCUACCUAAAUGUAUAAAGAACGUGUAAAUGCCCAUAACAAUCUCGACGACAACAAUGAAGGAGUUAUCUGCCCGUCCAUAGUAAAUAACACAUUGUAACAACCGAACAGACAAGAUAGCGAUACACCGAGACCGAGAAACUGAACACAGUUCCUCGCUCCUAGGAUAACAAAAAGACGAAAAAGCUUCUGGCUUGUAAUUAGCAAUUUGGCCUGUUCCAUCCAAAGCAUGAAAUCAUGCCGAGAUGGCAGGCAAAUUGUGCAAGCAUGAGACCAUAUGUCAUUACGAUUUUUAAGAAUACAGAUAUUGUAUGGAAUGCGUUGCAACCAUAGGCUUGAGGACUUAAUUUCCGGGAGACCUGUCCUAAAUUUGACCCCUUGUAAGGAAGUCAACUGGUCUUUUCCUAAAGAAACUUACGCUGAGGUGUGGAAGAUUCUGCACAGUAGAUAGAUAUAUAUACCGAUACCCGUACUAACCACACUGUAACGCUAUGUUAGAGGGUUCACAUAAGUAGCCAGGCGUUGCCUCUGUUUAUAAACGACAUUGUUCAGAAGUCGUGGCAUGUUUUCUUGAAGGUGACACUUCUUGGAAGACAUUGGCCCAGUUUUGUGAGAUGGUCCUGUCCGUGGUUCUUGCCGACUAGGCUCAUGCCCGUAGGACUUCUUAUACGACUCAAAAUUCGACAGUCCUGUCUCUUGUCAGGAUUAGGCUAUGGGCUGGACACAACACCAGUUUAUUACUUCCAUGUAUCUUUAAUCCAAAUAGAUACAGUGCUGCUUUGUCUAUACUGGGUUGCCAUCAUCAAAAGACAUUGUAUGGACGAUUUGCUGUCGAUAUAUAGAUACCAUGUUUGAACUUUGGUAAGUUUUGAUCUUGCGUUAUUCUAACAAUUUCAAGAUAAAAGCAGUUCUAUCAUUGGAGACGGAGAACACCGCAUGUCUCAACUGAUAGGUCCUUUCCGCUCCCCACGGAGUACAUCCGCUGUACGACAAACACUCAAUUUUUCCUGUAUGAUUUACUGAAUGGCGUGAGAUAAGUCCAGAAUAAGUGUUUAUUCUGGGUACACUCCAUUUCUUCCUAACAGACUCUGUGGGGUGACUUUCUUAAACAUUAUCCAAUUCUAUCUGCACGGUGUAUCAUUUCGUCCUAACGUCUCAGAGUUGACAACAAGGAAUUUUCUUGAAUAGAGCUGCACCAGUUUGGUAUUUCAUACAGUCAUAUACUUGAAUGAUAAAUUGUAAUCAACAAUCCUAACUUACAAAUAAUACAUGUAAAAACAUUAAAGAAGAGAAUAGACAAAAGAAACCCACACAAGAUACAACCUUGUCACACACCUCUUUCAGAUGAUUGUACUCCCACGUAUGAAAACAAGUGUUUUGUCAAAUACUCACUGAUGAUUCAAUGACACAACGUGCCUGUAGUGCUGGUGAAUGUUGGAUGCAAACCAUGCCGCUUUACGUAGCAAUGUUUCAUUUUCAUCGAGACAACUUGAUCAUUGUUCACGGCUCGGUUUAUAAUACAUGAUUUAGUGCUGUCAUCUAGAAAGUAAUUCCUUGCGAAAUUUUAUUUAGCAUGAAGGAAUUAAUCGUUUUUU